UUCACCGAUUUUGUGCAGUUUCGUGUGCAACAAAGUACCGAGCUUGGCAGCUGGCGAGAAGGGAAAACCGACCCUUCUGAGAUUGUUUAUUCCUGCUGCGUAUUUCAGCUGCCUUUCUUCCUUCUCCACUCAUUUCCAAGCUUUCGGCGGCACAUUGGAAGUUUAUUACAAGCGGAAACUAGCGCGACUCGGUCUCCGGACGGUGUUAGGACGCUUUGUGGAGGAGCAAGGUGUUUUUUUCAAACUGAAAGGGCAGGCGGAACGUUAGCGAGCUGGCGUAGGAAAGACCGAACCAGGACUACGCGACGAGUCGGUCAGCCAGAGAGCCGGGAGGACCACGGCACAGCCGCCGCCAGCGCCACGGGGAGUCGGGGCCCGAGAGGGAGCCUGCCAGGCCCUCGGCUUGAUGCACCCAGCCUGCCUUGCCUUAGCCGCAGUCCGAGAUGGGGGAGACCAAAAUUAUCUACCACCUCGACGACCAGGAGACACCGUAUCUGGUGAAACUGUCGGUGCCGGCGGACAAAGUCACUCUGGCGGACUUCAAAAAUGUCCUCAAGAAACCAAAUUACAAAUUCUUCUUCAAAUCUAUGGACGAUGACUUCGGGGUGGUAAAAGAAGAAAUAUCUGACGACAACGCGAAGCUGCCCUGCUUCAAUGGACGUGUGGUGUCAUGGUUGGUCUCUGGAGAUGGCGCCCACACAGACGCAGGCUCGGUGGCAGAUAGUUUGGAGCCAGCACCACCUCUGGAGAGGACCGGGGGCAUCGGAGACUCAAGACCUCCCUCCUACCACGGGAAAGCAGCGAGCGGUCGGGACAGUUUGGACAACGACACAGAGACCGGCUCCAUGGUGUCGCAAAGAAGAGAGAGGGAGAGGCCGCGACGGAAACACACCAACGACCACGGUGGGAGGCAGAAUGGGUAUUCAUCACGAGGAAUGGGACGCGGAGGCCCCGAGUACGACAGCUGCUCGUCCUUCAUGAGCAGCGAGCUAGAGUCCACUUCCUGCUUUGAUUCCGAGGACGACGACGCAACCAGCAGGUUUAGUAGCUCCACUGAGCAGAGCUCCUCUCGUCUAAUGAGGCGACACCGCCGUCGCCGACGGAAACCUAAAGCUUCCAAUAUGGACAGGUCUUCAUCAUUUAGCAGCAUCACUGACUCCACCAUGUCUCUGAACAUCAUCACCGUCACGCUUAACAUGGAGAAGUACAACUUCUUGGGCAUCAGUAUUGUGGGGCAGAGUAAUGAGAGGGGAGAUGGCGGAAUCUACAUCGGCUCUAUCAUGAAGGGAGGAGCUGUGGCUGCAGAUGGACGCAUAGAGCCUGGGGACAUGCUGUUACAGGUGAACGACAUAAACUUCGAGAACAUGAGCAACGACGACGCUGUUCGAGUACUGAGAGACAUUGUGCACAAGCCAGGCCCCAUCACUCUGACUGUUGCAAAGUGCUGGGAUCCAAACCCCCGGAGCUGCUUUGCUCUGCCCAGAAGUGAGCCGAUCCGGCCCAUUGACCCGGCUGCAUGGGUGUCCCACACGGCGGCCAUGACCGGAGUGUACCCUCCGUAUGGCAUGAGCCCUUCCAUGAGCACUGUCACCUCCACCAGCUCCUCCAUCAGCAGCUCUAUUCCUGAGACGGAACGAUUCGAUGACUUCCAUCUCUCGAUCCACAGCGACAUGGCAACAGUUGCUAAGGCCAUGGCCUGCCCAGAGUCAGGUCUGGAGGUGCGGGACAGGAUGUGGCUCAAGAUAACCAUCGCGAACGCCUUUAUUGGUUCUGAUGUGGUGGACUGGCUCUUUCAUCACGUUGAAGGCUUCUCAGAUCGCCGCGAGGCUCGUAAAUACGCCAGCAACCUGCUGAAGGCUGGCUACAUCCGACACACUGUCAACAAGAUCACCUUCUCUGAACAGUGCUACUACAUCUUUGGAGACCUCUGUGGCAACAUGACUCACUUGUCUCUGCAUGAUCAUGAUGGUUCCAGUGGGGGUGCCUCAGAUCAGGACACUCUGCCCCCACUGCCUCACCCUGGAUCAGCCCCCUGGCCCAUGGCCCUGCCCUACCAGUUCCCUAUUCCACACCCUUACGACCUGCCACAGCCCUUCCAUGGCGGACCAGGCGCUGGCAGUGCAGGAAGCCAGCACAGUGGAAGCAGCGGUUCUAACUGCAGCAAGAAUGAGGGUCGGAAGUCCGGCGGCAGCGGCAGCGAAACUGAGAUCAGGAGCCACCGAGCUCCGAGCGAGCGCUCCGUGGCUCCCCCUAGUGAGCGAAGCAUCCGUAGCUCUGUCAGCCACCGCAGUGCCAACUCCCACUCGAUAGCCUACGGGCCUGGCCUUGUUUAUGGCCCCCCUGGCCUGCCCCCCCAGCCCCCACAUCUGUCUACAGCUGCACCUGGUGCCCCACCAGGCAGAGAGAUCGCCUCGGUGCCCCCUGAGCUCACGGCGUCGCGCCAGUCUCUGCGCAUGGCGGUGGGCAAUGCCGGCGAGUUCUUUGUUGAUGUGAUGUGACACGGGUUGUAGGUCGGUAACGAAGUCGUAGAUGGAGCGUUCUCCUGUCGUCAGGCUGAGAAUUGACGGCAUGACGGAACAGGGGGGAGGGAAGAUUGCAAAAGCUGUAACCCAAGGCCUUGAUUCCACUUUUCUAAAAGCAGAAAUGGAACCAACCCUGCUGUGUAUGCUGAGAGAAAAAAAAGUUCCUCCACUCUUGUGCUUUUCUUCCUAGUAGUAGUGGCCAUACUUUCUUCAAUGAAGAACCCCCCCACCCCUCUUUGCUCAAGAUGGAACCAAAGCGCCUUUCUCCGUUUCUGCUCCACAGCGGGGAAGAGUUAGUGUGAGGACAAAGAGCAGGAGAAAGGAGGGAGGCAGUGGAAGUGGUCAGCUGGGGAAGAUGACUCAGCGCUUUUCCACAUGGAUGUUUUUCAUUUGUUCUUCUCGUCACUCUUCCCUCCUCUCCUCUGCCUCCUUUAUCUAACAUUCUCUGUCCUCCCCCAUUCCUGUCCACGUCAAAACUGAGAGAGAAUGAAGCCUCUUCCCUCCUUCCGUUCUUUCAAUCCCCACUCGCUGACCUCUAACAAGAAAAAAAAAAAACAAGAAAAAAAAAACUGAAAGAAAGCUGAAAUGAACACUAACUGUUAACCUUAUUCAAACUUUUAAAAUAUUUGCUUGACUUAAGAGAGAAAGAAAUGGAAAGAUUUGUAUGUAGUGCAAGAGAAAACUGCAGUCCUUCUUACUGUAAGAAUACAUUUGUUUUAUUAUAUAUGUAGUUGGUCACAACUAGUUUCAUUUUCAAUGCUUAACAUGAGCGUCCAGCUUGGAGAGUGGUUUUUACACUACACAACUGCAUUUUCAUCUGCUAACCAGAGAAUCUUCAGACUGUCUUGUGAUGAUGUAUAGUGGAAAAAAAAUUUCUUACCAUGUCUUUCACACUACUCUUUUAUUAAGGAAAAUGUCUUUUUAUUUAUAAAUAUAGUUUUAUGACUUAAA